UCCUCGUUUGUCAACAUUUGCAUCUCUCUGUAUCACCAGCAUCCCUUUCCUUCCCUCAUUUACAGAUACGUAGAUCCCUUAUUUAAUGAUCCGUGAGAGCGAUCGAACCCUCACGGCGGCUCCAAAAGGUAAGAAAAUAUAUAAAGUGACAUUAUUUCAAAACCCGACUUUCGUGUCCCUCUACCAAGCUGCGCGCGGUGCCUCCCCUCUUGGCCUGUCCCUAUUGGCUGGCUGCUGAUCGAUGCCUAUCCAGUCACAGCGCUGCCUGAGGUCUGGGAGGGCGUGUAAAGCCUCCUGAUUGGUGGGGAGACCCUGCGCCUUCGCCUACUUUCCCGCAUCCGCCUCGUGAAUGGCUCGGGGCUUGAAAAAAACAGGCGUGUGUAAUAUUCGAGCGAGGGGACAGAUGGAGGCGGGGAAGGCAGGCGGCCGUACCCUCUUGCCCACCUCAUACUUAUCCAUCAGGCGCGUGGACAGACAGACGGACACACAGACAGACAGACAGACAUGGCCAGCGACCUCCUCCACCUCCACCACCACCGCCACCUGCACCACCACCACUACUACUACCACCACCACCACUCUCUCAAUUAGUUCUUCUGCUUAUCCACCAAUUAAGUUCGGGUCGAGGGAAAGUGCGUGAGCGAAAAACAGGAAAAGACUGACAAAUAUUGAGGUGCAUGUACUCGUGCCGAAAGAAAUAGUGAAGAUAGUUUGAAAUAGUGACAUUGUGAGUUUGUGGGUGGUGAAUAUCUCUUACGGGAAAAGAAGAGGAGAGAGGAGGCGAUAACAGAGAAGAGAGGAAGAAGAGGAUAACCCGUGCAAGAGGAACAGGAAGGAAGGAAUAAGAGACAGAGAGAGAAAGCGAACUGAGAAAGAGAGCAAGCUAUUCUCCUUUCUCUGUCUCUUUUUCUCUACUCUGACCUCAGGAUCGGGCAGACAUGAUGAGCAGCGCCUCCUUCCCGUACCCCGCCGUGCUGGGCGUGCAGCACCUUAUGGGCGGCGACGUGCGCCCCGGCCACCCGCACAGCCACGCCCGCCGGCCCGUGCACGACCCGCCGCCGCCAUACUAUCCCCGCGACGCCCACCACGCCCAGCCCCGGGACGCGCAGCCCCCGGGUCGCGACUCCAUGGCCCAGCUGCGACACGACCUGCUGGGACUAGGGCGCGGCGGCGGGUCCUCACGGGGCAUGGCUCAAGACACGGGCGGCAGCGGGCCUGCUGUUGCGGCUGCUGCUGCCGGGGCCGCGGGGCGCGAGAACCUCGCCUUUCCGAGAGAGGUGAGCAGCCUGCACGCCCUUGAGGUGUCGCGGGGGGGCAACAUCGAGAACCAGGACCCCGCGUCGCCGCUGGUGAAGGAGGAGCGCGAUGGCCGCGAGGAGCUGAGCGGCGGAUCCGGCACGGAGGAGGACAGCGGCGGUCCAGGCCGCCCGCCGCCCAGCCUCGGCUCCUCCACCAGGAAGGUCCGUCAGCAGAAGCACAUCAGGCUCUCUAUUAAUGCGCGAGAGCGGCGACGGAUGCACGACCUGAACGACGCGCUGGACGAGCUACGGGCCGUUAUCCCGUACGCCCACUCGCCUUCCGUCAGGAAGCUGAGCAAGAUCGCCACGCUGCUGCUCGCCAAGAACUUUAUCAUGAUGCAGAACAACGCCAUCGAAGAGCUGCGCCGCGCCGUCACCUACCUCAACCAGCCCGGCGCCCACCUGCCGCACCUGCCGCCCGCCCUCGCCUUCGACACGGGCACUGCCGCCGCCGCCGCCGCCGCAAUGCCUGCCGACCAGGGUGCCUCCGCCUUCCCCAGGCUGUCGGCGCCCCAGCAGCCAGCAGCGGCGGCGGCGGCAGCGGCAGCAGCAGCCAACUCGCAGCAGCCCGCCAAGCUGCAGGAGCCGCCCUUCCUCGACCACUCGCCCCCCUACAAAACGCAGUCGUAACGGGCGGGCGGCGGCGGCAGCGGCGGCGGCGGCGGCAGGAUGGUGCUGGUGACGGCGGCACAGGCGGCGACAGGCGUCCCUCCAGCCGUCACUCAGGUCGUGGAUCCGCCGCCCCUCUCGCAUGUUGACAGGCAGUGCUGAACACACACACACACACACACACACACACACACACAUUUAGCACAUAUAAACUAACACAUACAAACACGAUUAGUACACACAUACAAACACUUACAAAUACAAUUAACACACACACACACACACACACACAAACGCGCGCGUGCGAUACCCGUGUUUCAGGAUCUCUUGUGGGGCCUGACGAGGCUAACACAAGCGUCAUCGCGGGGCAGCGAGUCUGCCUCCCGGAACGAGUGUCUCAGAAAUAUAUAUUACUUUGAAAUGUGCAAUAAAUACUGUGUUGAGAAAAGUGCCACGAAACACGGCUGAACAAAACUGAUAUAUAUAUAUAUAUAUAUAUAUAUAUAUAUAUAUAUAUAUAUAUAUAUAUAUAUAUAUAUAUAUAUAUAUAUAUAUAUAUAUAUAUAUAUAUAUAUAUAUAUAUAUCACAGAUUUAACAUACUGCGCAGUGAUCCGGGUCACAAUGUUAAAAACGAAAAUCUAUUUGCUGGUGACAGCGGUAAGUAAAUCAAUAAAACAUUGAUAACGAUAACUUUAUGAGGGAAAUAUGACGCUUCUGAGUUUGAAUAUAGCCGGAUAUGCCGAACCACAGUGUGUAAAAAAACCAGUAACACUCAGGGCUAUCCUGGGUACUAAACACAAUGACUAUGGAAGAAACAGGCCGAGAAGUGACUCACGCCAAGGACUUAAACACUACGAAAGAGCGUCGGCCGAUACAACAAUGAGCGCAAACACAAAACACGGUGUCAGAACCACCCCAAGAGAAGGAAAGAAGUUAUUAAAAGACCAAAGCAGAUACCAAAAGAGAAGCGUGAAUAGAUUCUAACCCUGGACCUUAAAAUGCAACCGAAGACACGAAUGAACAAUGGAAAAUUACUCCCUUACGAAUAAACAUUAAUCUUAGAGUUGAAAUGGAUUUACUUGAUACAACCCAGCGAGUGUAGGAGCGUGUGUGUGUUUGUGCAUGCGACCGUGUGUGUGUGUGUGUGUGUGUGUGUGUGUGUGUGUGUGUGUGUGUGUGUGUGUGUGUGUGUGUGUGUGUUAAAUAAA